AUGGACUUCACGCGUAUCAUUAUCUUACUCACCUUCUGGUUCCUUUUCCGUCUCAUCAAAAGCCGCUUCUUUCCCGAUAAACCCAUCAUGGCUCACGGCAAAGUUAUCGAGGUUGACAACCCGGUCAUCUUCAAGGCCCUGACCUCGUCCGGCCCGGUCGUGGUCGACUUCUUCGCGACCUGGUGCGGUCCCUGCAAGGCCGUUGCCCCUCAGAUCGGCAAGCUGAGCGAGACCUACACCAACGUCCGGUUCAUCCAGGUCGAUGUCGACAAGGUGCGCUCCGUGGCGCAGGAGCUGCAGGUCCGCGCCAUGCCGACUUUCGUUCUGUACAAGGAUGGCAAGUUGCUGGACAAGCGCGUGGUGGGUGGGAAUGUGCGGGAGUUGGAGGAGGCUAUCAAGAGCAUUGCUUAG